GUGACGCAAUUACGAUCACCAUUGUUCCUUAUCCAGCAUUUUCUGGUUUAGUAUAUAUUAAAGACAACAGAACAGAUCUUUCAUGUGCCUUUACCGGGUCAACCGAUCCUAUUACUGGUAUUUUAAACUAUGAAGCAAGUCUGGCAUUUAACAGUGAUUGUUCAAUACUUAAAACACCAGAUCAACCUGCUAUUGGAGAUGCUGUUUAUGACGCGGAAGUCAUCAUCCAAAAUUCACCUUCAUUUGAAACAUCUCUAGAUAUCGUGGUAAAAGCUACAUGUGUCCACAUGAACUCUGGAAUAGCUACGGUCAGUAAUGAUGUGGGAAGUGUCGCUGUAGAUCAACGAGCUAAUCUAACAGAAGAUCAGACAAUAACUACAUAUGAACCAGUUCUGUUUGCUGUACAAGACGCUAGUGGUAUGGCUAUAGCACCCCCGCUAUAUAUCGGUACACCUCUCAGACUUUACUUCCCCUUGGCUGAUACUAGAAAGUAUACGUCACUUCUUCUCUUGAGCUGUGACGCUUUAAACGGACCAGAUGCACCACAACCACUCAGAGUCAGACUCGUAGAUGAUGGGUGCCCAACAGCUGAUGGCAUAAGUGUCAUGAAGGGAGGUGUUGUGUAUGAUAAUAUUAUGCCAUCCGCCAUUGUAUACUUUAGCAUCUUCCGAUUCUCCAAUUCGCCAGUCAUAUCAUUUGAAUGUAAUGUAAAAGUUUGUGAACCUAAUGAUGCAGCCUGUACACCUCCACAAUGUAAUGCACAAACGGGUGGUGUUAGCAGAAGAAGACGAAGUGCUAUUUCGGGAGGUGCUAGUGCCGAAAUUGUAUUGAAAGAAACACUAACAGUAUUAGAUCCAUCUGACAGAAUUGUAGUACCAGUAGUUCCGAGCAAUGACUUACCAAAGGAAACCGUCGAAACAGUGGAUCAAGAAAAUCAAGUCCAUUCAGAAAAAUGUUUUCAAUCAGAAGGAAUUGUUGUUAUUAUUGUUAUACUUGUUGUAACUGUUGUAUUGUUAUUAUUUGUUACUAUGUGUUUAAGUGUUAGAUUUAUCAAAUCAAAAUCACAGGUCAAAGUUAUCGAAGCCCCCACUCCCAUGACAGCAGAACGAAUGAUUCGAAUUCCAAGACUAAACUUCUGAGUUUAUGAAAUAAAUAACAAUAAAGUCCGAUUUGUUGUUUCAUAUUUUAGGUCAUGACUUUGUUGCCAUUUAAUGCUUUUGUUAAGAUUAACCAAUUGUUAAUAAUCAUUAGUCUUUAACGGUGCAUUUGUUGACUAUUUCAUUCUACGAACAAAUGAUGAGAAAUUAUAUGGUUCGAAUAAUCAGAUGGAUAAUCAAACUUUUAUUUUGU